GGGUGUGGGCAGAGGACCAGUCACCUCGCCGUAUAGAGGAGGAAAUGUCGGAGAUCCCUUUGUGCGAGAAUCCAGACCUGAAGGACGUGACACAGGGCUGGGAGACGAGGGGGUAGAAAGUACCGUCCCUGGACUCAGUCUAACUGCACCUUUAUUACAUGAAAACGGAAUCAAAUGGGCUUUAUAAUUAGUUUUUGUCCGUUUUUCCGUACCCAGUUGUGGGUUUUGAGUAUGUGUGUAGUAAGGAGGUGCUUCCCAGGGCAUGAUGAAAGUGACCCCCCACCAGUGCAGGCCAGGGUGACAGUGGGAGGCUUGGGGCAAGUGUCAGGCAGUAGAACAUGGCGCCAGCUGCCAGUAGGCUCAUGACAGUUCCACACUGCUCAUCUAUGAGACCUCAGCAAUUAUUUCCUGAGUAGAAUGGAGGCUCUUGAUGUAGUCAUAUAUAAAGUACAUGUGCUUUAAGGAAUAGGUAUUCAUCCUGGUGUAUAGUCGGUAAAUCUGUAAAUUAACCAGUUAGCCCAGUUUGAUUUCAGCAUCAGACAGUGAAUUACACUUACUGAUUUUAAUCUUUCCUCAUUUAUUUAUCUCUGUAUAUAGAGUAUAUACUUUUAAUUCCAACUUCAUAAUUCAAAAAUAAUACAAAAAAAAAAAGUUGAUUUUCCUAGUCUGGUUGUUACAGACCAGCAAAGCAGUAAUGUGUAUAUUUUCAUAUUGUUGUUGGUUUGGUAAUUUGCAUCCUUCAGAUAUUCAAUCCUUACCCAUUUCUCUGUAUAUAAUUUUUGUCAGGUAAUGGAAUAGUAUUAAAACUUAUGAUAAUGAACAACUGAGAUAAGAAGGGAAGUGUGUCUGGUCAAGAAAUUGGCAAUAGAAGAUUGGUGGUAGCCCAUACCCAGAUGAUGCUGGCAGACAGGAUAUGGAGAAUUACACAUGACAGUUGUAAAGUGAGUCGUGUAAUGGAGCUCGGUACAUUCUCAUCAUUCUGAAUGUUUUAAGUGUUGAUUUGGAUCAGCAAGUUUAGAAUGUCAAAAUAUCCUAAUAGGCUAGUAUUAAUUAUAGAGAAUAGGUACACAUCCAUGCAGUAGAAGAUUGGGGUGGCUUAAUCUAGAAAAUUUGUUUUACCACAUUAUAUAUGGUAGUGUGGAGAUUGUAUUUGGCAGUUAGGAGAUUGUAUAUGGCAGUAGAAGAAUAUGGAGAAGAGAGGGAGACAGGAUGUGUCCACAAGCAGUAAUACAUUGUUUGGUCAGUCACUGCUGGGUAACAAAUCUAAUAUUUUGUCCAUCUUUAUCUGUGAGACAUUACUGUAGGUAUUUAUCUUUCUUGUAGGUUGUGAUGUGUACCAAGCUAUUGAAUUUUCUAAGUUAUUCCUGUGAAAUGACUUGUUUGUUGGGAGAUUUUCCUCCUUAGUGAAAAUAAAUAAAUAAUUGCUAAGAUGUGGCUGUCAGAUUUAUUCGAAACAUGCCAAAAUAUAUUAGAAAAAUUGUUUAAUCUUGAAAGAACUUGGGUGUGGCUUACUGAAAAUUCCCCAUUGUAGGUUUGACUAAUUGGCAUGAGACAACCUUGAUAACUUAAAUAGCAUACAUGGGUUCAUGAUAUGGUGUCAUGCAGUGCCUUAAAGCUUUAUGAAAACACUAAGAAAUUUAUCUGAAUUCAAGAUUAAUUACCCACAAGAGCCUUUCACCAGGGGCAUUCAUGGAAAUCUAAACUCCAAGCAAACCUUCAGACCUAAGAAGAAGUUUGAGCCAGGAACUCUCAAGUACUCACUACAUAAACAGGCACAGGCAUCCCUAAGCUCUGGCAUCAACCUGCGUGCUGUGGUGGCACUGCCUCAGGAAGAGAACCUAAAUGACUGGAUUGCUGUACAUGUGGUGGAUUUCUUCAACCGGAUCAACCUCAUUUAUGGCACCGUGUGUGAAUACUGCACGGAAGCCUCCUGCCCUACUAUGUCUGGAGGUCAAAAGUUUGAAUAUCUUUGGGCUGAUGGAGUCAAAUACAAGAAAGCAACACCCUUGCCUGCCCCACAGUAUAUCUCACUUCUGAUGGACUGGGUAGAGGCACAGAUCAAUGAUGAACAUGUAUUCCCAGUUACUGUUGAUGUUCCAUUUCCAAAAUCUUUCAUACCACUGUGUAAGAAAAUCCUCACUCGCCUCUUCAGAGUGUUUGUCCAUGUGUACAUCCAUCACUUUGACCGCAUCGUGACGAUUGGGGCGGAAGCUCAUGUAAAUACCUGCUACAAACACUUUUACUACUUUAUAACGGAAUUCGACCUGGUGCCUCAGAAAGAAUUUGAACCAUUGAAGGACAUGACAGCUAAGAUAUGCCAUGACAGUCCUGAGCCAGCCGUGAACAGUGAACCCAAGAAGUAGCUGGUCAAUGUGUGUGUGCUUGAGGCAGCCACAUGUGCCAGUUUGAGACAGCAAUGACAGCCAUGAACCUUGGGUGUCUUACUGUGAUGGUACAGAUCUGUGUUGAGUGAGUGAGGAAGGUGAUCUCAGAACUAUAGCAGUAAAGCAGUGUUCCUUAAUGCUUCUCACUCAAACUUACCAUUAGUCACUAAGAGUCAAGUGUGUUGAGAUGCUUGGCAAUACAGCUUUAUGUACUGCAAACCAGACUGUGUUUUCAAAUCAUAAAGUCCUGCUAGAAUACAUACUUUCAUAGAAGUUUGUCAGUUGUAUAGUUUUAUAUAUAUAUAUGCAUAAAUUUGUUAUCAUCCCGAGUAUACUAAUAAUAAGUGAAAUCGUGUACAUCAUAGAAAUUUUGUGGUAUCAUUGAUGAACAUUUGACUUCAUAUAUUUAUAUAAGUAUGCAUAACAAUUAAGUAUUUUAUUUUAGAAUUUUAUAUAUUUUUUUAGCAGUACAGUACUUUAACCAUCAUGGCAAAGUUGUUCAGAAUGUUGAAGACAGCAAAGGUAUUUUUAUCAAAUGCUCCUUUGUCAUAUAAAAUUGUGAGAGGAACCGUUGUGUAAACAGGAAGACAAAGAAGUUUAGCCUGUGCAGGGAAUGCAAAGUGAGUUGUCCACUGUCAUUUGAAGAAUUGAAGUUUUUAUUGUAAAUGACUAUGAGGCCACUAAAAAUACUAUUUAGUAUGUAGGAUCAGAUCCAAAGAUUAUGUUAUGGCCUUCAAAAACUGGAUUCAAGAAUUCAGAUAAUGUACGAGACAAAAGUAUACAGCAACAGACUUCCACUACAGACAAACUUUGUUUUGUAAAAAGUGGCAAUUCAUGCAUUAUACCCACUGUGGCAUAUCAGGGAAGUUAAAGGGCAAGGUUUCUUAGGUAUGAGAGUUAGUUAUUGGCUAAGGGUGUUGUUUGUGUCUUUGGUACUAUACUGUGACAAGGAGCUGACUAACUCAGAUCAUUGCAUUCAAGGCUGCACGCCACCAAACAAAGGAAAUGAAUGUUAGUGGGAUUGGUAAAAUCAUCAUUGAUUAGAUUACAAGAUUUUUUUGCUAUUAGCCUGCAUUAGUGAACAUAAGAAUUACUAGUUUUUACAGUCUUGUAAAGUUUGUUGUGAUGGGAGCCAGGCACCACUACUUUAUCUAUUACUAUAGAUCUUUCUUUGGGAAACAGUGCAUUUGAAAUUCCAAGAUUUCUUCCAUUAUUUAGAGCAGCAUCUCAGUAGUUUGUAGACCAGGUGACAUUUAUGAAAGCUGGUGAAAUAAUUACUUAUUUUUUAUAAGUACAUAGUGAAACCUUGUUCAUUUGGACUUUGGCAAAAAUGUAAGAAAGGAUUGCUUAAAGAAUAUGAAAGAUUGAUACUUCCAAGUUAGAGUAUAAAUUUGUGACAUGCACAAGAACCAAAACAACAUGUUGGCAACUGCUAACAGAUAUGCAGAUUUAAAUUUCUUUAAUGCUUGAAGGACUUUUGCAGGUUGGAGUAAGGGACAGUAGUUGUGGUUGAUAAGGAUGAAUAGAGAACAGUUGUGAAUGUGUGAAUGGAAAUACAGCUUCAAUUCAAGCUUCUUCUGCAUCAGUUCAGAGGCAGAGAAGGGGUUGGGUCUGUAAUGGUGCUGCAGGGUAAAGCAACUCUGCUGCAGAUUUUGAGAGAUGUGCUACACAACUGACCCCUGUGUAGUGUUGUGGUAGGGAUUGGUCCUCCCUCUCCUAUAUACCUAGAAACCAAGAUAUGCAGGAGUGCCAUGGAAUAUAUGUAAAUGUCUUGUCCUGGCUACAUUCCUUGCAAGGAGGUUGUCAGCUACAUACAUUGAUAAGUGCAUAAUAAUUUACAGUAUGAUGUCAAAAGUUUCCUUAGACCAAAACUAUACAAUGUAGGUAGUAUAUAUUUUUUAAGAUAAACUUGUUCCUUGAUAUGACAGGACCAAGUUAAUUUUCAUUUCAUCUGAGCAUGACAAAAACUAACCACAUUCUAGCUGCAUUUGUGAACAAAAGUAAUUGUCUUUGAAAAGAAAGAUGUUAAGUAGCUCGUUCUAUAUUUAUACCUAUAUGUUAAGAACAUAUAGGUAUCAGAAACAGUUUAUCAUUGGACUAAAUAGACAGAAACAAGUUCAGAUCAUUUCAUUUGAACAUGUGUAAGCAUGCAGGAAGAACUUAAUAGGAAAGGGAAAUGGGAUUUUUUUUUUUUUUUUCCCCUCUUCUUCUUAAGGAACAGGUACCAGAAUACAAUAGAAAUUUAUGACGCCCAUUCUCGUAACUGGGGAAAGCCCCCAUUAAAUUAGAAACAUGUAGUUGUCACUUCAAUGAAAACUUUGGUUAAUUAAUGUCUAAAGAAGCUUUCAUUCUAGUCACACCUUCAAAGUGCAGCCGCACUGGUAGGUUUCUUAAUGUAAUCAAAAGAUACAGUAAAUGUGAUAAUUAUUAUAUGUAUAUGAAAUAGCUCUGAUUAUUGUUUCCGUAUAUAACAAUAUGCUACUUUUUUUGUGAAGUUUUCUUAAUGAGCUACUAUGCAUUCUUUCAAUUGGCAUUCAUUGUACUGUAAAAAUUAACAUCUGAAACAUGUAGCAAGGAUUUUAGGGCAGUUCCAAAGAUUAUUUGCAUAAUAUCAACAGGAAUAUGAAGAUUGUUUUCUCCACUGAAUUAUGAAAAAUCUAGUUUACAGUUGGUCAUGGGUAGGAAGACAUAAUGUAUGCCUUGGUCCUUAUAUGCAAGGUUUCAUUGUAUUAUGAAGUAUUAAGCAAAUGAAAGAUGCAAACCUGAAGCAAAAGCAGCUUCUUGCUCACCCAGAUUCAUGCAUUAAUUGCACAACUACAUGUACCAUAACUUUGUUUUCAUGUAAAUUUAGAUAUAUGAGGUGUUUCAAAUAGGUUGGGACUUGUUACCAGAUAUAUGAUAUUUAAAAACCAGUUUGUAUCCUUGUAGUGAAAACAUAAUUUUUUAUUCAUGUAAUCCUGGAUCCUUUCCUGCACAGCCAGUAACCUCACCAGCUGUUACUCACUCAGUCUUUGAUGCUGCCAUUUGUUAAUCUCAUCAGAAUCUCUCUAAUAUUAAAAAACCUUUGAUCAGACUAAGUUAGGAACAGUUGUAUGUAUACUGCAUACUUAGUUUAAUCCACUGCAACCUCUCUGAUAUGAAUAUUUAAGUGAAUGUACAGACUAAGUCUUCAGUAAACCUCAAAGUCAGAUUGAAAUUCAGAGUAGCUACCAAAGCUAACACUGUAUGAUUAAAAAUCUCUCUUUUGCCAUGUUCCAGAUUUAGUAACUUCAUAUCCAUCUUGCUUCAGAAUCACAAAAUCCAAAUCACUUACAAGGCUUUUCAGUACCAGUUAUCAUAAUUUUUUGUGGCAUAUAUAUAGUGCUAAUGAUAAUGAAACAUAAUGUAACUGGUGCAAUAACUAAGUGAGAAGAAGCAGACUAUUUCCAUCCAGAUGAUAGGAGGAGGAACACAAAAUGUAGCAUUAUAGAUCUGAUGUAAUUUUUAUAAUCUAAGCUUGCAUAUUUCCAGUAAUUAUUCUAAACUGCAAGGAAGCUCAAUUGUAGGUAUUGUAUCUAAUACUGAUAUUGAUACUGAGACAUUUUAGUGCCAUAGUGAUAUUGAUAUAACCAACAUGAGGAUUAGUGUAGCACUUACUAUGAUUAUAAUUUAUUAGCUACCAGACUACCUGAAUGCAGUAUAUGCAAGAAGGACAUGAAAUGCUAUCAUGUAGUAAAAUACUGCCUAGCAAUGAUAAACCUGCUGAAAAGUUGUUGGUAAGAGCUAUGAGGAACAAGUUUCAGAUUAAUGUUCAGUAAAGUUUUCUUGAAUUUACAAGUAGCUAUUAAUUUGUUUCUUUGAGAACUAUGGACUCCUUAAAGGAAGUCAAGUGCAUCCAGAACAUGAGUGGAAACUUUCUUAGUGAUGAUCCUGGAUGUCUGUGGAUUGCUAUGAUACUGCUGUUUUGAUCAGUGCAAACCAUUCCAGCUAACAGGCAAAAAAAAAAAAAUAAAUAAAUAAAAUAAAUAAAUAAUAACAAUAAUAAUGAUAAUAAUAAUAAUAAUAAUAAUAAUAAUAAUAAUAAUAAUAAUAAUAAUAAUAAUGAUAAGAAAAAUUGCUGUCAUUUCAUUUCUCUAUACACUUUUGAAAAAAUAUUUUUGUCUUAGAGUUUGCAGUGUAUUGGUUCUAUACCAAAGCUUGAAAUUUAGGGGAUAUUUUUCUUAUUUAUUGGAAGAAAGACAUUUGUUAAACUUUAAAGUUAUCAGUUUUCAUUACUAUAAUUAUAUAUACAUUUGUAUGACUACAGUCACUAAUAGUGUACAUGUGUGUGUAUGUGUGUGUGUGUGUGUGUGUGUGUGUGUGUGUGUGUGUGUGUGUGUGUGUGUGUGUGUUUUGAUUGAUUGAUUUUAUUAAGUGUGUGUGUGUGGGGGGGGAGGGGGAAUGUAUAAUUCACUGCCUCAGCACCAUUGCAUGAUGCAGCAACAUUGCCUGUGCUUCAACAUAACACUCUUAGCACUGGCUUUCCACCAUCUGGGAGCACACACAAAACAAGGAAGGUUGUGCUACCUACACUAAAAAAAAAAUAAUUGUCAAGCAUUAAGUUCACCUUUUCAUAAAUUUAUUAAAUUUUUUGUUAAUAUUACUGAAACUGCUGUUAUAUGCAGAAUUUUGAGUUAUGUAAGAUGCAUGUUGUAUGCAUACAGAAUUGAGCAAUACCUCUGUUAAGUGCUGUUACAGUUUUUUUUAAUGCUCAAGUUUUUUUUUUAUUUAAUUUUACUUUUUCAAUACUAUUAUAUUGAAAUGUGAACCUUUUGCUUGGAAUCCAUUUCCAUGCUGAGUGAAGAUGUCCAGUGGGCAUGAGUGCUCAACCUGAAGCAUCUUUCCCAUUGGCUUUUGAUAAUUCUACAAUAGUAUUAAAAGCACUUACUGUUUUGUCAACCAAGAUCACAUAUUUUAAGGUGCUUUCAUGUGCCUUUCAUGGGCACUAAUGUAUGGACACAGAAUCCUACCACCUCUAUUCACAUGUUAUUUGGAGCCUCCUUAAGGAUCUGUCUUGAGAGGCUGCAUGGAGAGGUGGAGGCCUCCUUGAAGUCAUUGGAGUUGGUAGUGAUAGCCUGGUUUAUUUUAGUCACAUUUUGAUUGAAGAAAAAUGGUGGUAUAAUUUAAUAAAUCUUUAUAGUUGUCAUUUGUUAAUCAUAGAAAUGUGGCUAUUAAACACUGGAAGCAUAUCAGUGGCAAAAUGUAAGUCAUGUUAUUAUCAAAAAUCUCAUUUUGUUAGAAAGAGCUUAUGUAUCAACAUAUGUAUACUUUGACUUAGCUUAAUGAAAAGCAAUCAUUUAUGAUCAAGAUUAUCUCCACAUAUGACUUGGCUGUAACAACUACAUAUACAUAUAUAUACACAUUGUUAAUAUUUGUUAGGAUGUUGGUUAGAAAUCCCUCAUGAGAAGCACUGGCAUCCAUAAUGUCUUGAAGGUGUAUGUUGCUUUUCUGUGUUUUAAAUGUUUUAUUGAAUUUUUAGAUAUUUGCAUUUUCUUGUUGAUAUUUCAAGCCUCAGGAAGUGUUUUCUUAUUGCCACCAUGUAGCUUUCAUUGUUUUUUAAUCUGUGCACUACUUAUCUUAACUGUCUUUACAGUAUUCUUGCUGUAUACCAUCUCAGUUUUUAUAUUCCCUGCAGUAAUAUGGUUUAAGUUAAGUAAUUUUCUUAAUUUUCUUUCUUGCCUUUCUAAAGUUUUGCCUGUAUACCAUAUCUGACAUGGCAGUCCAUAUGUUUAAUUUCAUGAUAAUUUAAAAGAAUGGCCUGCAAGAGUCAGUGUAGUUGGUUAACCAGAAAUUAUAUGUAAGGUGACUUGAAAGGUACCAAGGCUGUCUUGUUGUAGUGUGAAAAUAUUUAGUGCAGCAGCUCACAGUCUGCUCAGCUUCCUUAUAUCCAUACUGUUCUUUCAUAGCAGGAAGAUAGAGCCAUAGUGCCACAUAUGUUUUGAUACUAAGAGAAGUGUGACUGAAUAUAAAACUGGAAGAGAGAGAAUAUUUCCAGUUUUCCCUUAAGAGCUUACUAAUGGGCCAGUGAGUGCAUGUAAAUCCAGCAACUGACAUUAUCAGUUUUAGAUUGUCUGUGUCUCUUUACUUAAAGUUAGUUAUUCUUUUCUGUAAUCUUUAGGUUCACUUUGUUGCAACUUGCAUGGAAAACUUUAAUUUCUACAGUUCACAAUAUUAUUACUGAAGAAUAUAGAUACUUUAUUGCAAUCCAUUUUUUGUGUGGCUAGCUAAAAUUCUGUUACUUGUCUGUCAGUGUCAAGAGAUGGCACCUGCCUCUUGAAACCACUUGAGUGGUAUGUACCUGUGCCCCUUAUACCAGCUGAAGGAAAGUCUACAAGACAACUAUUGUGUGACUACCUGUGUCUGGGAUCUUCAUUUUUACAGCACAAGCACUUUUUGAUCCAUACUUUGGAUUAGGACUCUCUCUCUCUCUCUCUCUCUCUCUCUCUCUCUCUCUCUCUCUCUCUCUCUCUCUCUCUCUCUCUCUCUCUCUCUCUCUCUCUCUCUCUCUCUCUCUCUCUCUCUCUC